UAUCGUUUGAUGGUGACUAUUCUGUAUGCUUAGAUCAUGGAUACUUAAUUAAAUGCUACUCCAAAUAUUUGAAAGGUCGGCCUAUAGCGCUGAUUACAGAGUAUAACUUGGAAGCUAAGAGGAAGAAACGAACCAUACUUCUUCAAAUGGAAGCACUCAUUCACAAAGUCGAAUGCUUUGGAGACCUUGUUGUGACUAGUUAUCUAGAGGAAGAAGGAAAAUCAUCUACAAAUGUUUACCAAGUGCGUCAAAAGUAUAACCUGAGAAAAAUAAUCUUCUCCUAUUACUGUGAUGACGAUGAUAUUCACAUGACGAUGUACGAUUUUGUCGGAAACUCAUUUCUGAUCUACCAUUUGCAGCGAGGCUAUUAUCAAGAAAUCGAGCUGUCAACUGGUGUCAAACGUCCUCUGCGUCGACUUCCCACUAAUUGUCGAUGGGUUGUCAACUUAUUCGAUAAUCUGGCCGUGAUACAAAGGGGCGAGUACCUAGAAGUUUGGGAUUGGAAGAAUAAUUCCAUAUGUCACGUCCUGUAUGAUGAUCAUGAUAAAAAGCAAUAUGCACCCAUUUUAGAGUUUACUACUGGAAAAUGGCUGAUGACUAGCAGUAACAAUCACAAUUCGGAGCCCGCUAUAAAAGUUUAUAGGUGUAAGUGAGUUGGUAUGAGUUAUAAACAAAUAGUAUUUGAGCUUAGAGUAGAGGGUGAGCAUAAAUUAUUAAAAAAAAAUCAUAGGUGAAUAAAAGAAUAACGAAUAAAUGUA